AGAACCUGCGCAACUCUUCUUCUUUUGUGAAUCACACGGACUUCACAGGCAUUAAAAAUGUUGGGUCCUAGUCUUUGACAGCGGCAAUGGAAUCUAAUUUCCCCCCUCACUGCUAAGAAACCAGAGUCUGACUUACCAGGAGAAAAAUGAUUGCUGUUUCACGGUCUUCCACAGAGAUUCUGACCAGAAGCAACUGUUGUUAAUAUUUAGCAGAUGGCAUCUUUCCAAAAGUUACCUUUGACUUUCCUGCUGCUGAUCGUUUUAGGUGACAUUCAAGCAGAGAGUGGUUGUUUAUCAUGUUCAGAACACAACAUUACAGAACUUGGAAAAGGCAUUAUCAUUAAAUGCAAGAAUAAUGGACCCAUUUUAAGUAUAGGAAUGACAUUCUGCACCACCAGGGGAAACAACUGUUCCAUCAAAGGUGUCAUCAACGAACAGAAGAGAAAUUUGACUGUUGGUGAAACAACACUGGAAAUUCAGAACUCUGUGGUUUUUCUGAAUAUUAACCAAGUAAAGAUAUCACAUGAAGGAAACUAUAGAUUAACAUAUGUAACUGAAGAGUGUAUGAAUCAACUGACCAUAUCUCUAGAGGUGUUUGCGCCAUAUACUAGCCCUCAAGUCAUAAAACGGAAUGACACUCUUGUUUGUACGGCAUCUGGAGGUUACCCAGAGGAAAAGCUCUAUUGGGUUUCUAAGGCUGGAACUAAUCUGACUCAUAACUCAACAUAUGAGUCUGUGAAAAAUGAGGAUGGGUCAUUCAGUCUAAGCAAUACCCUUCAGCUGGAAUCUCCUCUCUCUGAAGCUGAAUAUUGCUGUACUUUUAACAAGACAAGAGUUCCCAGCAGACAACCAGCCUCUGCAUGUAUGACACUUGAAAGUGUUACAACUUCCAUGAGUAAAACAGAAGAAACCACACUGGAAAAAAAUAGGAUACCAUUCAUUAUGAUUCCUUUUAUUUUGUUGGCUUUUGUUUUCUUUGCUGUCUUGUACAGAAGAAGGAAGAAAGAUGCAUCUUGGGCAAGAAGAAUUUCUAUUGUAGUUGGAAGAAAAGACGUGCUUAUCCGUCUUAAUUAAAGGUCAUGAUCUUCAGGCAUUGGACAAGAUUUAAAUUCUGUUUGCUUUAAGUACUUUAAACUCUGCAUACUCUUCCAGUCCAGCAUCAGAUAAGUAAUGGGAUCUAAAUUGAAGCUUGCCUUGGAGAAGUCAGAUGCUCUUGAAUUCAUGUCCUUUUCUGAAAACUGGAGAAAUAAAACCUACAGAUGUAAAUAACAAUGAAGAGAUUGAAAAGUUUAUCAAUUGUUAUCAACAGGACACAGAUUAAAAAAUAUGGGCUACAAGAAUUAAAUGUAAUUAUCAUGAACAACUUUGAAAGACUUGGCA